AUGGAACCGCCGAAAUUCCUGGGGCUAAGACCAGCCCGACAGACAGAGAACGCCACAGGUCUGACAGUCAAUUCGCUUACAAGUAGCACCCUCCCUCUUUCCAUCAUGGAUGAGGAUCGAUCUCGUCGCGCUCCGAGUGUAUUAUCUAUGGAUGAUCUUGAAGCCGCGCAAGCCCUCGAAGGGCUACGCUCCGAUUUCGGACAAUCUCCUCGAGUAUCGCGACAAUCACUUCCCAUCGCUUCGCCAGACCCACCACCACCAGAGCCACUAUUGUCUCUGCUGACAUCCUCCCACCCACUUAUCUCCUCUGCGAUCAACGGCUCGGUCUCCGCCUAUGCCACCUCCAAAUCAUAUUCUCCGCGAUUUAAAUCUGGUGCUGAAUUCAUCGAGCGCAAUAUUGGAUCGCCUGUCGCAAACACUGUCGGUACAGUAGGCCGCAAGACUGGCGUUGAAAGUGGUCUACGUUGGGCGCUGCAGCGACGAGAUUCCACAAACGAAGACUCGAAACAAUCCAAAAAACGACGAAAGAUGGAUGGGAAUGUAUCACCGAGGACGAUGGACGUCGAGAAAGGACAAAGUGGCUCGGAUCAACCAACUCGAGCGCGGAGCCCAUCCGAUCUCUCCAUGGCCGAGUCGCUGCCCCCAUACGAUGAGAUGAGAUCUCCUCACUAUGAGGAGAAGGCCGAAGGACGGGCAGCACCGACAUGGCAGAGCCGACUGGUAAUCUCAACCUCCGGUCUCGGAGUCGCCAUGAGUGACGAAUCGCUUCGGAGCCUGCAAUAUUGUCUAACUUGGCUUCGGUGGGCCAAUGGGCGACUAGGAAAGUCAAUCGUAGCACUUCAUGGUGCUGUGACCGAAUGGGAGAACCAAAAAGCGCGCCAGCAGGACAUGUCGCAAUCGGACAUCGAGGCCGGAAACAAUGGCCAGGAGAAUGCGUCUUUGCUUAUCCAGCGCAUCCAGGCCGUCAAGGCAGACGUUCUCUCCACCUUGAAACAGGUGGUAGAUGUCGUUUCCAAAUAUGCAGGUGGUGCGUUGCCAGAGAAUGCCCGCCACUUAGUGCGUCGGCAUUUAACGUCUCUCCCGCACCGCUUCCAGGUGGCAUCCACCUCCCACCCACCACCAGAUUCACCCGCUGCCUCGUCCGAUGCCACAGUCAGUGCUCAUCGCAUACUGGUUCUGGCCCAGGAGGGCUUGGACAUGAUGGCUCAAGUCAGCGGCGUCGUGAACGAUACAUUAGUCAGUGCUGAGCACUGGUGCGAACGACUUGGCCGGAAACGACCCGAUAACGGAACCCCAUCCGACGCCCCAGAGAAGCAGCGUGAAUUUGCUUCUGAGGCUCAACCCUACGGAAUGGAUUUCAAGCCACCAAUUCUCCCAGAGAACGCCAUCCAGGAUGACGUCCAGAUGUCUGGCAUGGAGAAGGCAUAA